CCCAAAAUUCAUCAAGUAAAGGGAAAUCAAGAUCAUCAUAACUCACAACUUUGUCACCUCUGCUACUGUUCGAGGUCCAACAAGAACGACUCUCGGAGGAUGCGCAAAAAGGUGCUUAUGAUCUGCCAAAAUCGUACUUUUUCUUUGCCAUAAAGAACUGGAUGUAAAAUUUAUUGAUAACGCUGGCCCAUAAAAAGCUUGAAAAGAUGGGGUGCCCACAUCAACAGUCUGAAGUAGUUGCAGUUUCUCGAGACACUAAGGAUUGUUCCUGUACGCCUCCCAGAGCUUCUUCGGCAUUUAUGGUUAAUUCAGAAAUCGGUGCAGUCUUGGCCGUUAUGAGAAGAAACGUACGGUGGGGAGUUCAUUACAUGGCAGACGAAGAUCAACUCGAGCACCCUCUUAUCAAAUCUUUCAAAGAAAUACGUAAAAAAGUCUUCUCAUGGCAACGUCAAUGGCACACCAUUAAUCCCAUUAUGUAUCUUCAGCCCUUUUUAGAUGUUAUUCAGUCAGACGAAACUAGUGCACCAAUAACGGGCGUUGCUUUAUCAUCGAUUUACAAAUUCUUAUCCCUCGAUGUUCUUGAUCUGGAAACCGUUAAUGUAGCUGAUGCAUUACAUCUUAUAGUUGAUGCUGUGACAAGUUGUCGAUUUGAAGUGACCGAUCCAGCGUCUGAGGAAGUUGUAUUGAUGAAGAUACUUCAAGUUCUUUUAGCGUGCAUGAAAAAUAAGGCGUCGGUUAAAUUGAGUAACCAACAUGUUUGCAAUAUAGUGAACACUUGUUUUCAGAUAGUUCAUCAAGCAAGCUCGAAAGGCGAAUUGUUGCAGAGAACAGCUCGACACACGAUGCAUGAAUUGAUUAGAUGUGUUUUUAUGCAUCUGCCUGAUGUUGGUGAUAAUAAAGAACAAGAAUUCACUUUGGAAGGCAGAUCAGAUGAUGGUGGUGAGGUCGACAUUCCCGAUAAGGAUCAUUCAUCGACUAGUAAACCACAGGACAAUGGCUACACGGGUUCGAAAAUCGAAUCUGUUGGAGGUGCUUUGGAUCUUUCCACCGAAAUGCCCGAAGUUAAGAUGGAUGAAACCACCGGGGAUAUUGGAGAGACAAAAAACCAUCUUGUGACGGACCCUUAUGGCGUUCCAUCGAUGGUGGAAAUCUUCAACUUUCUUUGUUCUCUUUUAAAUGCAGUUGAGCACGUUGGCGUGGGCCCACGAUCCAACUCGCUAGCAUACGAUGAAGAUGUUCCUUUAUUUGCUUUGGGCUUGAUCAACUCGGCCAUCGAGUUAGGUGGGGCCGCUCUCAGCCAUCAUCCCGAAAUUUUGGCUUUGGUGCAAAACGAUCUAUUCCAUAGCUUAAUCCAGUUCGGAUUAUCUCCGAGUCCACUGAUUCUUUCAACCGUUUGUAGCAUCGUUUUGAAUCUUUAUCAUCUUAUGCGCGUAAAGCUCAAGCUGCAGCUAGAAGCGUUUUUCUCUUCGGUUCUUAUGAAGAUUGCACUCAAUAAACAUGGAGCUUCGUAUCAACAACAGGAAGUUGCCAUGGAAACUCUUGUUGAUCUUUGCAGGCAGCCAACUUUCAUUCACGAAAUGUACGCCAAUUACGACUGUGACAUUUCCUGCAGCAAUGUGUUUGAAGAUCUUGCGAAUUUGUUAUCGAAAAGCGCAUUUCCUGUUAGUAGCCCGCUUUCUGCUAUCCACGUUCUUGCUCUUGAAGGAUUGAUCGCUAUGAUUAAUGGUAUGGCUGAAAAGAUUGGCGAUGAAGUGCCGUUUCUAGAACCGGAUGCAUCAACUAUCGAAGAUCAUGAGUCAUUCUGGAAGGUGAAAUGUGAAAACUACGAGAAUUCUGAUUUUUGGGUACCGUUUAUCCGUAAAAUGAAGCAUAUUAAGAAGAAAUUGAUGAUCGGGGCUGAUCAUUUCAACCAGGAUCCAAAAAAAGGUCUGCAAUUUCUUCAAGGAAUGUAUUUGUUGCCCGAAUCGCUCGAUCCUGUAAGUGUAGCGUGUUUUUUACGGUACACAAUCGGGUUAGACAAGAAUCUUAUCGGAGAUUAUCUUGGAAAUCACGAUCAAUUUUGUGUUGAUGUGCUUCAAGAAUUCGCGAGAACUUUUGAUUUUCAAGACAUGAAUCUGGAUAUCGCAUUGCGAGUUUUCUUGGAAACAUUUAGAUUGCCGGGUGAAUCGCAGAAGAUACAGCGAGUUGUGGAGGCGUUUGCUGAGCGAUAUUAUGAGCAAUCGCCUCAUAUUUUGGCCAAUAAAGAUGCCGCAUUGCUGUUAUCGUAUUCUCUGAUAAUGCUUAAUACCGAUCAACACAAUGCACAGGUGAAAAAGAAGAUGACAGAAGAAGAUUUUAUCCGCAACAACCGACGGAUAAAUGGUGGCAAUGAUCUUCCGCGGGAGUAUUUAUCCGAGCUUUACCACUCGAUUUGCGAGAACGAGAUCCGAAUGACCCCGGAACUCGGUGUCGGUUUUCCGGUCAUGACCCAUGAUAACUGGGUCGGUCUAAUUCACAAAUCCCGACAAACCGCUCCGUUUAUCAUCUGUAGCACCGGAGAACGUAUCAACAACGAAAUGUUCGCUAUAUUGUCGGGUCCCACUGUUGCCGCUCUCUCGGUGGUCUUGGAUCUUGUAGAACAAGAAGACGUGUUGCAAACAUGUAUCGAUGGAUUCCUAGAUGUCGCUAAGAUUGCGGGUUGUUAUCAUCUUGACGACGUGCUAGACGGGUUGCUCGUUUCUUUAUCUAAAUUUACGACACUCUUGCUUCCGAUGUCGAUCGAAGAAUCCGUUCUUGCUUUUGGUGACGAUACUAAAGCCCGAAAGGCAACCGUAGCGGUUUUUACGAUAGCGAAUACAUACGGUGACUAUCUUCGCUCGGGUUGGAGAAACAUUCUCGAUUGUAUUUUGAGCUUGCACAAAUUGGGUCUUUUGCCUGCUCGGAUGGCCAGUGAUGCAGCCGAUGAUUUGGAGUCUGUUUCCGAGCCAGACUUGGGGAAAUCGCCUUUGGUCUCACCAGCCGGAUACACGAAACCCCUUUUGGCUCCAGCUCGGAAAUCAUCUGGCCUAAUGGGCCGAUUCAGCGAGUUCCUAUAUUACGAUACGGAAAAGCCUGCUCCACAACCGUCAGAAGAACAGGUUGAAGCUCGCAAUCGGGCCACGGAAACUGUUAAAGAUUGCCAUAUUGAUAGUGUCUUCACGGAAAGUAAGUUUCUUCAAUCCGAGUCUCUUUCGAAUCUUGCCCAAGCCUUGAUAUUAGCCGCGGGUCGAUCCCAAAAGGGAAAUAAUAGUUCAAUAGAAGAUGAAGAUGCUGCUAUAUUUUGUCUCGAGUUGCUUAUUACAGUUGCGCUAAAUAACCGGGAUCGGAUUAUGCUUUUAUGGCAAGGUGUUUAUGAGUACAUAGCCAAUAUCGUUCAAUCGGCCGUGAUGCCGAGCACUUUAGUUGAGAAGGCGGUUUUCGGGCUCAUUCGAAUUUGCCGACGUCUUCUUCCGUAUAAAGAAGACCUAACCGACGAGCUUCUUAAAUCCCUUCAACUUAUCUUGAAACUCGAUGCUCGGGUGGCCGAUGCGUACUGUGAGCACAUCACGCAAGAAGUUAUGCGGCUCGUAAAAGCAAACGUCGGCCAGAUCAAAUCUCACAUGGGCUGGCGUACAAUUACGUCUCUCCUCUCGAUCACGGCUCGGCAUCCGGAAGCUUCCGAGCCUGGAUUCGAGACCUUGGAAUUCAUCAUGCUCGAUGGGGCCCACUUGCUACCGGCAAACUUCGUACUCUGCGUCAAUGCUGCUCGCCAGUUUGCCGAGUCUCGGGUCGGAGACGUGGCCCGGUCGCAGAAAUCUUUAGAUUUGAUGGCAGGUUCUGCGGUUUGCCUGGUUCGGUGGUCUCGUGAGACUCGGGAAGCCAUGGGGGAAGAAGCCGAAGCCGCUAUACGGCUCUAUCAAGAUAUCGGAGAGAUGUGGCUCAGGUUGGUUCAAGCUUUACGGAAAGUAUGUAUCGACCCACGAGAAGAGAUCCGGAACCACGCGAUCUUGAUGCUGCAGCGAUGCUUAACGGGUCUAGACGGGAUUAAUCUUCAUGAUGAGAUGUGGGUCCAAUGCUUCGACUCGGUAAUCUUUCCUUUAAUCAACGAUUUGUUAGAAAUCGCACGAGAAAAGUCCGCCAAAGAGUACCGAAACAUGGAAACAACCCUUGUUUUAUCCCUAAAGCUCAUGUCAAAAUCGUUCCUACAUUCUUUGCCGAGCAUUUCCCGCUUGAUAUCGUUCCAAAAAACAUGGCUCGGGGUUCUAACUUGCAUGGAUCAAUACGAAAAGGUCAAAUUCCGAGGGAAACGAAGUGAAAAGAUUCACGAACUAGUCCCGGAGCUCCUCAAGAACACGCUGCUCGUCAUGAAAUCGACCGGAAUUCUUUCACCGACCAACACCGCAGGUUCCGACGGGCUUUGGCAGGAGACGUGGUUACACCUGGAAAACGUGGCACCGUCGUUGCGGUCGGAGGUGUUUCCGGAUAACGAACCGGAGACCAUGGGUGCGAGUCCAGUUCCUGGGGUUAACCUAUUGGUUCCAUGAGGUGGGUCUGAUCCAGAAUUGGUUGAGUUUGUGGGUUUGAUUAAAAUUUUGAUGGGCAGAAUGAGUUUUAAAUCUGUAUACUUUUAGUAGAUUGGAUAAUUGUUGGUCUUCAGAUGAACCAUUGUUUCUUGAUUUUGACUUUUGUUUGACUUUGAGAUUUGUUGACCCUUUUGGCCCAUCAAAGGGAUAUAUAGAGUCACUCACACACAAGUUGUAUUGGCAUUUGGCAUACCCAUUUUUUGG